AUCAUCGCCCCCCACAUCGCGCAGGAUUUCCCAUUGCCGACCCCAAGGAAGCUUUGAGGAAGAUGAAGAUGCCCCAGGACACUGAGGCAGAGCAGGAGCUGAACAUGGAGAGCAGGGAGGACAAAUGCCCGCGGCAGAACCUGGUGGAAGAGGCUGUUUUGAGCGGCUCCAUGGCGCAGGAAGCCAACAGGGAGGAAAAGCCCCGGAGAUGCCGCACGAGGAGGGGCUGCAAACACAGUUGGCGGGGAUCUGAGGGGGAAAGAGCCAGCCUGGGCCGGGAAGGCAGCCGGAGAUGGAGCCAGAGCUCGGAUCUGGUGCUCCAUGAGCAGCUCCAUGAUGGGGAGAAGCCCCACACGUGCUUGGAGUGUGGGAAGGGCUUCAGGUGGAACUCUGAGCUGAACAGGCACCAGAGGACCCACACUGGGGAGAGGCCCUACGAGUGUGGGGAAUGUGGGAAGAGUUUCAGCCGGAGCUCCCACCUGAUCAUGCACCAGAGGAUCCACAGGGGGGAGAGACCCUACAAAUGCGAGGAGUGUGGGAAGAGUUUCAGCCAUAACUCCAGCCUAAUCAACCACCUCGUGAUCCACACUGGGGAACGGCACUAUGAGUGUGGGGUGUGUGGAAAGAGCUUCAGCCUGAGGUGCAACCUGAUCAAGCACCAGAUGAUCCACACAGGGGAGAGGCACUACGAGUGUUCUGAGUGUGGGAAGCGGUUUCAGACCAGCUCUAAUCUUCUCCGGCACUAUCAGACUCACACAGAGGAUAGGCCCUUCCAAUGCCCCAAGUGUGGGAAGGGAUUCCAGCACAACUCCCACCUCAUCAGACACCAGCACAUCCACACUGGGGAGAGGCCCUACGAGUGUGAUAAAUGCAGGAAGAGGUUUCAGACCAGCUCCAGUCUCUUCCUGCACUAUCGGAUUCACUCAGAGGAGAGGCCCUUCCAAUGCCCCGACUGCAGGAAGGGAUUCAAGCACAACUCCACCCUCGUCACCCACCGGCGCAUCCACACUGGGGAGAGGCCCUACGAGUGUCCCCAGUGUGGGAAGAGCUUCUCACAGAGCUCUAACUUGACCCAACAUCAACAGAGGCACCACUGAGGGAAGCCCUGCAAGUGCCCCCAGUGUGGGAAGAACUUCGUGUGCUGCUCCAGCUCCAUCCCCCACUGGAGGAGGCACUUUGGGCACAGCCCUGGUCACUCACCUUCCCUGUGAUCCAUGUUGGGAACACACCGGGCUGCUUCUACUUUUGGUUUGGCUUAAAUUUUCUUCUGCUUCAUCUUCAUCUCUUCAAAACCACCAAAACAGGGUUAAAUGAAAUAAAUUGAUCAAAGAUGUCUAAAGUCCCAAAAAUUCAGAGUUUUUUAAAGGGGAAUUGAUGGUUUGGGGACAAUAUUCUGGAGGAUUUGUGGGUUCUGGGGGGAUUUUGCACAGUAUUCUCCAUCUGUUUGCACUCCAAAAGCCAAGAGUGUCACCUCAAAACAACUGAAUCCCACUGAAAAGAACUGAAUUUUAAUUCAUACAGUCCCAAUCCCACUUCAAAAUGCCAUGUUGGCACCUCAAAAAAACUCAAUCCCACAGCAGACUCACUUGAUUUCACAGCUGCCAGGGUGAGAUGGGGUUGGAAGGAGAUUGGGAGAAGUGGGAUCCCAAUUUGAAGU